AUGGAAAACUCAGAGAAGACAGAAGUGGUUCUCCUUGCUUGUGGUUCCUUUAAUCCUAUCACCAAUAUGCACCUCAGGCUGUUUGAGCUGGCCAAGGACUACAUGAAUGGAACAGGGAAAUAUGAAGUUAUCAAAGGCAUAAUUUCUCCCGUUGGCGAUGCAUAUAAGAAGAAAGGACUCAUCUCUGCCCAUCACCGAGUUAUCAUGGCAGAACUCGCCACCAAGAACUCAAAAUGGUUGGAAGUUGAUACAUGGGAAAGUCUUCAACAGGAUUGGAUAGAGACUGCCACGGUGCUAAGACACCAUCAAGAGAAGCUGGAGGCCAGUAGCUGUGAUCAGCAGCAGGACUCACUUGUACUGGAAAGGCCUGGACGGAAGAGGAAGUGGGCUGAACAAAGACAAGAUUUUAGUCAAAAGAAAUCACUAGAGCAAACAAAAACGAAAGGAGUGCCAAAGGUGAAGUUGCUGUGUGGAGCAGAUCUCUUAGAGUCCUUUGGUGUGCCCAAUCUGUGGAAGGGUGAGGAUAUCGCCAAAAUCGUGGGAGACUAUGGGCUUAUAUGUAUUACUCGGGCUGGAAAUGAUGCUCAGAAAUUCAUCUAUGAAUCCGAUGUGCUGUGGAAACACCAGAACAACAUUCACCUGGUGAAUGAAUGGAUCACCAAUGACAUCUCAUCCACAAAGAUCCGGCGAGCCCUCAGGAGGGGCCAGAGCAUUCGCUACUUGGUACCAGACCUUGUCCAGGAAUAUAUUGAGAAGCAUAGUUUGUAUAACUCUGAGAGUGAGGAGAGGAAUGUUGGGGUGAUCCUGGCUCCUUUGCAGAGAAAAACUGCAGAAGCUGACACAUGA